CGUGAAAAUUGUCUUGAGAAUUUUGCGCUUAGUCUAUCGAUUGAAUUGGUGGAGAUAGGAUUAUUUUUUUUUGAUAAUUUGAUUUUUGUGUAACUUUUGUUUUUAAAUUGAAAUUGUAUUUCAUUGUUUCUGUGCUACUAACGAACGACUGAGAACAACGAUGGUUUCGGAAUAUGAUUUGACUCCGUAUCGUCCAUGGAACUAUUACUCAAAGCCACGCUAUUAUACGACAUAUGUGCCAACCUGCCUCGUCAGCGACAGAUAUCACAAUGCUUACAGAUUCUACAGACCAAUGAACGUAUCGUCGUCACACGAAAAAGCUAGAGCAUAUCUUCCGUACAUACCAUCUUCGGAUUACCACUACAGUAAUUCCUCAGCAAUCGACACAACGACUCCACUAUCAGCAAUGCUGUCGCCAUUCAAUCCUGAGUCUGUACGAUUCGACUACACGUACGGAACGGAUUUUGCAUCAACUACGCAAGAUAUUCGUGAGUCGGCUAAUAAGUUGUUACAAGAUGUACAAACACCUAGCACCAGAAAGACUCGUGCUGUCAGCUUGGAACCAUAUUAUACUAGUGAUUUAGACUGCAAUGCUACGAGAAGAAUUACUAGCCGAGGAAGAUUGAUCAGUGCCGAACCUCUUACACGACGAAUUACCACUGUACGUUACAAUUGACACUUUUUCGUUUUGUGGCUCGGUUGACUUCCGAAAGGAUUACUGAAACGAAACUCGGAAGACUUAACUGAAUGGUGUUACAAUUGGGUAUCCACUGUAAGAUAUUUUCGUAACUCGUAAAUGAAAGGGAAUAAACAUUAAACAUUUAAUAUUCGCUAG